AUGUCAAAUGUGCUUAUGCUAGAAGCACACGUAAAGUGAAGUUACAGUACCUGUCACAAGCAAUUGGCACGAAUGCAUCAUGACGUUAACCCACUGUCAGUUAAUUAGCUCUCUACCCAGCUAAGAUUAGUUUGGUUAAUACAAUGCCACGCUAUUAUCGUAUACUUUUAUUUUGCACAGUUCUGGCAUUUUUCUCUGUUUUGUACGUAUUUAGCCAGCUUGCCUCCUCCCUAGAGACUGAAGGUGGAUUCUCCGAGAGGCGCGCUCAGCGAUCCAACUCUCGAAGUGACAUCAGCGGCCACAAAGUCAAGAAAGUGCCUGGGAAUGAAGGCCCGUCUGAAAAGGACCGGAAUGGAAGGUGUAAGAGUUCAGUGUCUGUGUCAUACUGGAAUCCCUAUUGGCGAGACUGUCCUGGGGUUUGUGGAAUGAACUGCUUAAUGGAAUCGGCCUGUAGGUACACAGUGGACAAACCAGGCUCUGUGGCCCAAGAGGUCAGUCGUGUGGAGCCCAUGCACCUUGCUGUGGCGGCCUGCGGCUCGCGGCUGGAGGAGACUCUGACCAUGCUGAAGUCCGCUGUGCUCUUCAGCAGCAAGCCGCUGCAGUUCCACAUCUUUGCUGAAGAGGAGCUGCACAGCGGCUUCACAGAGGCACUUGAGUCCUGGCCAGCCACCUUCCAGACCAAGUUCAACUACUCAAUGUAUCCCAUCACCUUUCCAAGUGAGAAUGCAAAGGAGUGGAAAAAGCUGUUCAAGCCUUGUGCAUCCCAGCGGCUCUUCUUGCCUCUCCUGCUGAAGCACGUGGACUCUCUGCUAUAUGUGGACACAGACAUCCUGUUCCUGCAGCCAGUGGACGAGAUCUGGAACUUCCUCUCGGAGUUCAACUCCAGCCAGCUGGCAGGCAUGGCACCUGAACACGAGGAGCCGCGCAUUGGCUGGUACAACCGCUUCGCCCGCCAUCCAUACUAUGGCAAAACGGGCGUCAACUCCGGCGUCAUGCUCAUGAACAUGAGCCGUAUCCGGGCCAAACACUUCAAGAAUGAUAUGACCUCAGUUCCUCUUCUGUGGGGUGAAAUGUUGAUGCCACUCCUGCAGAAGUAUAAGCUGAACAUCACCUGGGGUGACCAGGACCUCCUGAACAUAAUAUUCCACCACAAUCCAGAGGGUCUGUUUGUGUUCCCGUGCCAGUGGAACUACCGCCCUGACCACUGCAUCUACGGCAGCAACUGUGCCGCCGCAGAGCAGCACGGAGUCUUCGUCCUCCAUGGCAAUCGCGGCGUCUACCACAACGACAAGCAGCCUGCUUUCCGAGCCAUCUACGAAGCCAUCCAGCAGUACCCGUUUGGAGGUGAUCCGGUUGGUACGCUGCUGCAGCCCCUGGAGGAGAUGCUCCAAGACGCGUCGCACACCUACUGCGGACGAGUCAGCCACCUGUUCACCAAGCGGCUGCGGCAAAGCAUCGGCCACCUCCAAGCAGGCUCUCAGAGGAGAGCGUGACCUCCAAGCAGACCCUCAGAGAGUGUGACCUCCAUUCAGUCCAGGUGCCCCCCCCAUGUAGCAUUGCGCAUGGUGUGGAGCCAAUUCUAGAUAGAGGUAGCGGGGUUCUAGAUAGAGGUAGCGGGGUUCUAGAUAGAGGUAGUGGGGUUUUAGAUAGAGGUAGCAGGGUUCUAGAUAGAGGUUGUGGGGGUUCUAGAUAGAGGUAGUGGGGUUCUAGAUAGAGGUAGUGGGGUUCUAGAUAGAGGUAGCAGGGUUUUAGAUAGAGGUAGCAGCGGGGUUCUAGAUAGAGGUUGUGGGGUUGCGGAAACACUCUUUUGCACUGAGUUCACUUUGAUGUUUUGUCAUCCUUAGUAGUAGAGGCCAAACAUAUCAAGAUGUGACAAUCACUUUCCAUCCUCUUUAGGUAGAGUUGCAGUCGCCCAUGCCAUCCUCUUUAGAUAGAGUCGCAGUCGCCCAUGCCAUCCUCUGAGUCGCAGUCGCCCAUCCCAUCCUCUGAGUCGCAUGGCCAUCCUCUGAGUUGCAGUCGCCCAUGCCAUCCUCUGAGUCGCAGUCGCCCAUGCCAUCCUCU